AUGGAUCAGGACCGUAAGCCCGCCACUGCUGCUGCUGCCGCCUCGCAGCCCGCUUCAGCAACCCCAGUCGUACAGCCUUUGAUCUCCUUCUCGACCAUAGACGCGCCUUCUCAACGCUUCUACGCCGUCGGUCUCGCGGUCUUCGUUCAGGCAUGGAAAUACUCCAGCAUCAUUCGUAGCUGGCUCGGCUCAUCAUCCUCGACUUCAGUGUCUUCGAUAGCGUUGCAAGCCAGCGAGACCACCGUCUCUCUUUCUACAGCAUUGUUCCUCAACUUUGCCGUUCUCUUCGUUCUUGCGCGUCUCGGCAUUCCGCUCUUGGAUCCACGACUGGCAUCCGGCAAAACCUCUCCAGUCAUCCAAAAUGCACAGGCCUCGAAAGCAGUGCUCCAGCCGUCAAAGACGGUCGGUCUCACAUAUGUGCACUACCUCGCCCUCUUUGUUGCGCUUUCCGCAACCGACGCGACUUUGCUUGGGUCCGCAUCCACCAAUCCACUGCUCUUGACGCUCAAUGGAAUGCUCAGCCUGCUUCAGAUCGCUGCUUCCACUCUUGGUCUCAACGUGCCGAUGACUGGUGCCUUUCCAGACAUCCUCAGCCGACAAACCUCCAUCAACGAGGGCCACGUUCGCAUUCGCGACCUCAUCCAACCAAAAAGUCACAUCCUCGGUCAACACACGAUUCACAUCCUCCCUCACAGCACUGCAAAGCUUUUACCCUCGAGCGCCUGCUACUGCGUCGGUCCGCAAACGCCCCAGGUGACCGUUCCUGUGCUGUUCAGCAAUGCACACCCUGACCUGCUCCAGUACUCGAUCACCGAUUUUGCUACGGGUCAACCCAGCUACUACAACGUCAGUGUCGACAACCUCAUCCCUUUUGGCGCCUCAAAUCGCGACGACAAAGCAGAUGAGGCGGACGCCAUCAACGCUGCCGUCAGGACGCGCUCCUCCAAGCACAGCAGCCGUCAGGAUGAUCUCCUCGACGAUGAGGAUGCGCUCGACGAUCCAACCUCCUUGCUCAAAGGUGUCUCAUAUGCAGAGCGCGCCCGUAUUCGUGCAGAACGCCGCUCUCAAUCCCUAGGAAAGCGUUCUGCGGCUCUCGACACCCCGACCACAAAGCGUCUGCCGUCCACGCGCGCCAACAAACAGUUGCUCUGGCAUCUCCCCAUCACGCAGCCCGGCCGUGUCCGUCUCGAGCGCGUCCUCGACAAGUCCCGCAACGACGCUCGCAUCUCGGCUUCCGAGGCUCUCAUCGUCCAAUGCCCAUCCACCAAGCUCAUCCCAGCUUCCUCGACGCCCGUUGGCCUAACAGAUCCGCUCCAGACGCAACACAAGUGUCCAGGAGACCGAGUCGAUUUCGCUGCUCGAGUUAGCGGUGUCGCGCCACUCCAACUCGAGUACCGUCGGAUCUUUGACCCUUUGCCACCCGUCAGCGGAUCCCAUCGCCCAAGAGACAACGCACGUCAGGACAACAAGCGCAAAAUCUCACGCAUUUCGCCGCCUCACCACACCUCGCCUCUCCUCUUGCCCGAGGCAGAGGCGCUUCUGUCGCCAACAGAUCGAUUGGCUCUUGCACGCGAGCGCACCCGUGUCGCCUCUCGUCGCACUGACGCAGGUAACGAGGACUUUUCGUGGGCCGUCUCGGUCGACGUCGACAUGCCGCUCAGCAGCAUCGAUCUUGACCAAUCCGGCAAUUACACCUAUGCGCUCGAGAGUGUAACCGACGCCUGUGGCAAUCGUGUUGCCGUCGAUGCGGAUCGUCACGGCGCGUUGUCGCUCGCCCAAAAGGCACGUAAAAGGAUCAAGGGCGAUGGCAAAUCGGCUGCGACUUACCAUCAGAGUGUCGUCGUGCAUUCCCGUCGCAGCGUUGCCUUUGAUCCCAGACAGUGUCGACCAGGCCAUCCUCUGCCGCUUCUGCGAAAUGCUGCAGGCAUCGAUCUCAAGUUGCUCUCCGCUUUGGACGCCGAGCAGAGUGGUGAUUGGGACGUCAAGGUCUCCUUCCAGCCGGACAACGCCGCUGCCAACAGAGGGCUCUGGGCACGCCCAUCGGGCAAAGCAUCCACGAUGCAGCUCGCUUUGCCAGCUCACGGCUCCCAGCUCCCCUUCACUGUCGAGAAACCCGGCACCUACCGCAUCGACGAGAUCAACGGACCGUUCUGCGCUGGAGAAGUCGGCUCUCCUUGGACAUGCGAGGUCGUCGAUGUGCCGCCUCCCACAGCGCAGAUCAACUUUAGCAGCAUCGAGGACCGAUGUGCCGGGCCGGUCGGCGUCAAAGCCAUGUCAGUGCUCACGGGCAGCCCACCUUUCCAGCUCGAGUACGAAGUGACCAAGCAGGGCCGCCAUCCCGAGCACAAGACCCGCACCAUCUUCGAUCAGACGCGCGACGAGCUCGACUUCAGGCCAGACGUGGAUGGUGCCGUGACCUACAAGUUUGUCAAGCUUCACGACAGCAAUUACCGCGGCAUUCCGCUCGAUGGCCCAACCUUUACGCAAGUUUUCCAUCCGCUCUCGAGUGCCGAGUUUACUGCGCCGAUCCGCGCGCAUGACGACCGCGCAGUCAUGCAGAGCUGCAGCGGAAAGCAGGCCGAAACCGAUGUCCGUUUCAGCGGCGCUGGUCCUUGGGACCUCACCUACGCCGUUCGAGCAGGAGACAGCGUCGAGACGAAGGAGGUGCAAGGCAUUACGCAGUCGCCUCACAAGCUCAAGAUCGAUAUUCCAAAGUCGGUCGCUGCUUCUGGUGGGCUUGUCACUGUCAGUUUGGUCAAGAUCCGUGAUGCGAGGGGAUGCGAAAAGUCGCUCGCUACGCGCGAUCUCAACGUCGAGGUCCGACGCGUGCAGCCAAGCGUCGGUUUCCUGCCCACCAAAGCAGAGAAGGGUCGUCUCCUGGAGGUGCUGCACGGCAAGGCAUCUCACCUUCCCAUCCGUCUCAGCGGUCAAGGUCCGUGGCACGUCGACUACUCGUGGAAGGCCCACGAAUCAGCUGAAGAGAUCGAUCUCAACGCAUCGUUGAACAGCGUGGAUGCAGAGCUGCUCGCCGAACAUCCUGGCCUGUACAAGAUCAAGCGUAUCCGCGAUAACUACUGCCCAGGUAUCGUGCUGGAGGGUCAGGAUGAGUUCACCAUCACUGUCCGGCCUCAACCGCAUGUCCAGUUCGCCACUGAUGCCGGUGUGCCUGCACGCAACGGCAGCCUGGUCCGUGCUCCUGUUUGCCGCGGUAAGCCAGACUCGGUAGACAUCGUCAUGUCGGGUCAACUCCCCGUGGAUGUCGAAUACGAACACAUCGCACCGUCGUGGAGUGCCAGCAGCGAGGCCGAGGCUGCCGUACCGCUCGCCUCGGCCGCACACGAAGUAGCUUUGCUUGGAAAGCGGCGCAGGACCGCCUUCACCUCGGCACUCAACAUGACCAAUCUGGAGCUUUCGACGGCGCUGCCAGGUUGGCACACCUACGUGAUCGACUCGGUUGGCGAUGCGGUCUAUGCACCAUCGCGCUUGCAAGGCUUCCCUGCCGAUUCGCCGAGGCGUCUCGAGCAGAUGGUGUUCCCGCUGCCGAGCGCAUCGUUUGUCGGUCCCUCGUCGAAGAGCCGAAGACCCUCGCUGUGUGUCGGUGAUGGGCUGGAUCGAUUGAGUGGAAGCCCACCUACACUCAAGCUGCAGGGACAGGCGCCCUUCACGGUCAACUUUGAAGUCUCCACCACGUCGAGCGCUUCGUCUGGGCCUACGUCGCACAAGUUCACUCGAAGCGGUAUCAAGUCGAACGAGUACAAGCUCGAUCUGAGCACCGACGAGUUUGCGUUCAGCGGCAAAGGUCUUUGGUCGAUCCGAGUGCUUGACGUGACCGACGCGAACCAGUGUCACACUGCGACGGUCACAGAUAACAAGCGCGCCGGUCAAGACGACAAGUCGUCGUCUUUGGUGAUCGAAGUUGCCGAGACGGCGGAUAUCGCCUCUGUCUCGACACGUGCCGACUACUGCAUUGGCGAGAGGGUGGACUUCUCGCUUCAGGGAAGUCCACCUUGGACGGUCUCGUACGACUUCAACGGCAAGUCGGCACAGGCGGCGAUUACCAAAGCCGAAUUCUCUCGUGUAGCCGAGCGACCAGGUGUGUUGACCAUCAAGAGCGUUGCACACCAGCAGAACCAAUGUCGACGCGAUAUCAACGCGCGCGUCUCUCAAGAGAUGGUCAAGACCAUCCACGAUCUGCCCACAGUCCGCAUUUCUGAAGGCAACCAUUUCGUCGAAGAUCUGCGUGAAGGCAACCAAGCCGAGAUCAUCUUCAACUUCCAGGGAGUUGCGCCGUUCAGUUUCACGUACCAGAGGACCGAACCGGUAGAUACGCAUUCCAGACCCAAGGUGCUGGAGACGAACACGGUGAGUGGGAUCUUGGAGAACAGAUACAGCAUCUGGGCGGCGGUGGAGGGGACAUGGAGCGUGACGUGGCUGCAGGACAGGUGGUGCCAAGUCUCGUUGGAUUAUCAGAGUGGGGCGGCGACGCCGUUGGGGAAGAGUAGAUUGUUGAUUCGGAAUUAG